AGAAAAUCUAAAUUUAUCCCAAGUGCAACUUAAACACAAAGCUUUUCAAUAUUAUUAUUAUAAUUAUUAUUUCUUGCACACAGACAAAAGGCCUAAUUAAUCUGCACACAAAACUUAAAAAACGCAUCGUUUUAGCUCUCUUCCUCUCACAAUUCUCUCACUCUGACGAGAUGACCUCCGCUUCCGCUUCCUCACGCAAGGCAUUGAGCAAGAUCGCGUGCAACCGGUUGCAGAAGGAGCUUGUAGAGUGGCAAGUGAAUCCACCAGCCGGUUUCAAGCAUAAAGCUACUGAUAAUCUCAAGAGAUGGGUAAUUGAAGUCAACGGGGCGUCGGGCACGCUCUAUGCCGGUGAAAUGUACCAACUUCAAGUUGAUUUUCCGGAGCAUUACCCCAUGGAAGCGCCACAGGUUAUAUUUGUGCCUCCGGCUCCUAUGCAUCCUCACAUUUAUAGUAACGGGCAUAUAUGUUUAGAUAUUCUAUACGACUCUUGGUCCCCCGCUAUGACUGUAAGUUCGAUUUGCAUCAGCAUUCUAUCUAUGCUCUCAAGCUCCACGGUGAAGCAACGUCCAGCUGACAAUGAUCGGUAUGUUAGGAACUGUAAGAAUGGUAGGUCUCCUAAGGAGACGAGAUGGUGGUUCCACGACGAUAAAGUGUAGUUGAACACAGAGAAAAUUGUAACUGAACCUCACUCUAGGUCAAAGGAUAUUUUCUUCCCUUGAAAAAAAUUAUGGGAAGACAGAGAAGAAAAACAAAAAUAAAAUAUAUUUAAAACAAAACGGUGUUUUAUUUGAACUGCUCUGGAUGCCUUGUCGCGCAUCAAACAUUCUGCAGCAGCAGCUAAUGUUGUUGAUAUGCUAGUAUAUAUAGUUGAUCAUUUUUGUUGUGUUUUCUACAGCCGAAAUUGUAUUGUAGUAAGUAAUAUCAUCAAAGGCUCUUCAGUGACUAAAUGUUACGAGGUUGAUGAAUAGGUUCAAUUGUUACUAUCAUGAAAUUAAUGAUGAAUUAUAUAGAAUUAUUUUAUACCUUUA